AUCACGUGACCACAAAAUGGUGGAAGCUGUGAGCUGUUUGCAAGUCGAGCAUCUCCUCCAAGGAAAAGAGAGCAGGAAAUAAGCAGGUGACAACAAGUACAAAUGGUUUAAAACGCAGACGGACUUGCAGAUUCACGUGACUCAGCAACGGUCGUCCUGUGGACAGACUUUGCUAAAAUGAACUCUGAAGGAGCUGAAGGCAGACCAGUGCCUCCCACCUCUUUACCUCUAGAAGGAGGUCAGAGUCAGAGGAAGAAGCUGUCAGCCCCUCGUAUCAGCCUGUCAUUGGACCAGAGUGAAGAUGACCUGGGUGAGACUCCAGAUGAUCUGGACAUUAAUGUGGAUGACAUCGACACUCCAGAAGAAGGAGACUACCUCGAUUACACAGACCACGAAAUGGACUGGGAAGACCCUAAGGUGGACAUUCAAAGUGGAACAAGUGAUGCCUAUAACACAAUCCCCACUUACAGUGCUGAGGAAGAGCGUCAGGAUCGUCAGGAUGGCAAACUGUGGCGAACUGUCAUCAUUGGAGAGCAAGAGCAUCGCAUUAAUAUGAAGAUCAUUGAGCAAUAUAUGAAAGUCAUAUCACAUGGAGGUUACUAUGGAAACGGAGUCAAUGCCAUCAUAGUUUUUGCUGCUUGUUUCCUGCCAGACAGUGAUCUACCUGACUAUCAUGAAAUUAUGGAAAACUUAUUUUUAUAUGUCAUUAGCACUCUGGAGCUGAUGGUGGCAGAGGACUACAUGAUUGUGUAUCUGAAUGGGGCCACACCACACAGGAGAAUGCCGGGCCUGGGCUGGCUCAAGAAGUGCUAUCAGAUGAUUGAUAGAAGGCUCAGAAAGAACUUGAAAUCCUUUAUUAUUCUCCACCCAUCAUGGUUUAUCAGGACUGUUUUAGCCAUCACAAAACCUUUCAUAAGUGCCAAGUUCAGCAGUAAGAUAAAGUAUGUCAGCAGUCUGGAUGAGCUGCAGCAGCUAAUCCCAAUGGAACAAAUACAGAUCCCAGAGUGCAUCAUCAGAUUGGACAAAGAGCUGAAGGAAGCAGAGAACUCCAAAGUUAAUAGUUUCUUGCUGGGACCCCAGCCAACAGUUGACAGGACACAGGCAGAGGAAGCUGCAACUAGCAACUCCCAAAGCCAGGCAUCCUAAAUAACGUUCCAUAUACUACUAAUAGUGCCUGUUUACACAUCUUGUCUCAUUGUUAUGGCUGCUGUAGCACUAUAUGUAGUUCUUCUGUAUAUCUGUAAGUCACCACACUGAGUAGAAUCAUCUCAGUAUCAGCCACAGCAGUUGUUGUUUGAUGUGUGUUUGAAAACAGUAACAUUGUAGACUUGACAGCGCGUUGCACUGACUCAUUCAAAUCUAGAAUAUAUUGGUUGUGAGCAUGUGAAGCUGUGGAGCAAUAAUGACACUUUUUUUUCAGUUAGACAUGUAUAAAGUUUUAAGUAGCCUCUAGAGGAGCACAAGGCGUAGCAUAACUUUGUGCUAGUGAUUGUGGCCAAACAAACACAGGUCUAUCAAAUUAUUGUAAUUAUUUAUUUAAUUUAUUUUUUAUAAUGCACAUUUAAAUGAUGUUAGUAAUUUAGUCAUUUCCUAAACCUAUUUAUAAAAUAAUGCCAACUUAAGAAAUGACCUCAUAAUGAAAAAGAAACACAGGGACUGCAAAGCACAAUGUCAUCUCUGCUCCUUGUUGCGUGUGUUUUCUGUAGAACCGUGCAUGUCUCUUCACUGUUUUACUGUUGUAAGGUAUGGAGGAGGUGCAAAAACAUAAAUAGAGUUGAGUCGAGUAAUUCAAUAAAAUUGCACCAAGCAACUGUACCAAGACUAUGUUGUUUGUGUGUCUGAUGACGUUUGUUUAUUAAACUAUUGGAAAGUUAGCAUUUACAUACUGUCAGGGACAUCUGA